AUGUCCAACCGCCCGCCUUCUUCGACGUCCGACGUCCUUCUCUAUUUCCUGGCCAUCUUUGUGCCACCCGUCCCCGUCUUCAUCAAGCGUGGCUGCGGCGCUGAUUUCCUCAUCAACAUCUGUCUGAGCAUUCUGGGCUGGAUUCCCGGCGUGCUGCACGCAUGCUGGGUCAUCUCCAGGACUGAGGGGCCCGACUCUACAAAUUCCCAAAAGCAGCUCCGAGCACCACGACUUCAUCAUUAUCACUAUCGAAGGCGACCAUCUCCAACCAUGACAACAUACGCACGCGUUGCAGCCGUUACAGGCGCCAACAAGGGGAUCGGCCUUGCCAUCGUCCGCAACCUCGCCCUCCAAUACCCCGCCUCCGCCCUCAACACCGGCCCGCUCCUCAUCUACCUCACCGCCCGCGAUGCCUCCCGCGGCCAGGCCGCGCUAAAGACCCUCGAGUCCGACGACCAGCUACUCAACGCCAAGGUCCUGAAGGCCCAGGACGGCCCCGUCAGUCUCGCCUUCAAGGAGCUGGACAUCAGCAAGAAGGAAAGCAUCGAUGCCUUUGCCGCCUACCUACAGAAAGAGCACGGCUCUAUCGACAUCGUGAUCAACAAUGCUGGCAUCGCCAUGGACGGUUUCGACUCCCACGUCGCCACCACCACCAUCGCCACAAACUACCACGGCACCCUCCACGCGACCCUCGCCCUCCUCCCCCUCCUCAAGCCCGCCUCGACCUCCCGCCUCAUCAACGUCGCCAGCACCGCCGGCGCCCUCUCCAAAUACCCGCCCCCGCUCCGCGCCCGGUUCCUCUCCGCCGCCGCCUCCCCCUCCCCCACCGCCGACGCCGCCACCGCUCUCAUGCACUCCUUCACCGACGCCGUCGCGUCGGACUCGCACGAAGCGCUCGGCUUCCCGAGCGCGGCGUAUGCUGUUAGUAAGGCGGGUGUGAUUGCUGCGUCUAUGGCUAUUGCGCGGUGGGAGGUGCAGAGGGCUAAGGAGGAGGAGGGGGAAGGUGGUGGAGGUGCGAGGGGCGUACAGGUUUGUUGUCCCGGGUGGGUGGUGACGGAUAUGACGAAGGGGAAGGGGGUGAAGGGGGUGGAUGAGGGGGCGCGGACGCCGGUUUGGUUGGCGUUGGGGAGGGAGGGCGGGGAGAGGGUGGGGAGGGGCGAGUUUUGGCGCGAUGAGAGGGUCGUGGAGUGGUAG